AUGGGGAUGGCGAAGGUGGUGCUGCUGCUCGUCUUCUUGAUCCAAAUCAUCAACGUCCUCACCGUCUCUGCGAGGCCGUUCAAGGGAGAAGGGGCCUGGAUCGAGAUGGUGGUGGACAUGUUCGGCGACAAGAAGCAGUCGCGAUCCAACCCUCCCUCGCACUGCUGCAAUUAG